AUGGUGCGACAAAAGCAGACCGCCCGCAAAUCCUGCGGAGGCAAGGCGCCUCGGAAGCAGCUAGCCACCAAGGCAGCCCGGAAAGCAACUGUGGCAUCCACUGGAGGUGUUACAGGAGCGCCUGUGGCCCAGCUGAGCGCAGACAAACAUGCUCCUCAAGGGCUGGGGGGCCAUGGCCUCACAGCGGCUGGUGGUGGCAGCAGUGGGGAUCCUGUAGCAGCCGCCGCGCAUGCGCAAAUACAGCUGCCAUCGCCGCAACUGAAGUCGUUGGGCGCUGCCUGCUUGGCAGGGGGAGCAGCAGGCGGGAAGAUGGAAGUUAUCAGCGCUGGCAGGAAUUUAUGA